AUGCCGCCGAAAGGCAGCGGGGCGAGAUGCCGGAUCAAUGUGGUCAAGAGGGAGCGGGGCGAGCCCUGCAUAUACGGUCCUGACCGCGACGACCUGGCCGCGGCCACAGCGGAUAAGGCUCGCCUCGCGAGGAUGCCGGAGACGGGGCAGCGCGCGGAGCUCCGCCGCUUGCAAGCAGAGCACGCGCAGGCGCCCCCAACAGACUCCCAGGGCGGCGCGCAGCCGGGGCCCGACUCCUCGGACGGCGGAAGGAAGGGCCUCGAGAAUGACUUGGCGCGGAGGUGGCGGAGGUGGGAGCGGUCGACCAGGCUGCAGCCAGCGGCCCUGAUCCUGAAGCAGCGCAUCGACGCGCUGCUGCAGACCGAGCGGGAGUCGAAGCUGGGGGAUGAGCGAGCCGAGGGCGCAGAGCAGGCGCUGCUAAUGCUGCACCAGCAUUGGUGCGAGGGGAACGACGUCCACGACGAGGAUCGUUGGAGGCAGCCUGCCCUGCAUCGAUCUCGCGGCGGCCAGCACCCGUACCCGGGCUUCUCGAACUUGUUCAACACCUGCUACCUCAACGCGCCCCUGCAGUGCCUGCUCCACUGCCCCGCCGCGCGCGCCGCGCUCCUGGGGGCGGAGUGCGAGGGCGAACCGCUGCUUGUGCAGGACGCCGGCGCCUGCGUGCGCGGAGCGCCGCUGCCCGCGGAGGACGUCGGUGGCGCGGUGCCCGCGCCCGCCCGCGUGGACCGCUGGUCCCCGCACGCCUUCUUGGACGCGUUCCUCGAGAUGCACUGGGUGGACUUCAGGCUGGGGAGGCACGGGGACGCGAGCGAGGCGCUGUCGUUCGUCGUGGAUGACACGCAGGGUCUCCGCCGUCUCUUCCAGACAGGAUGCGGCGAGGAGGUCAUGCUGAGGCUGCCAGCUUUCGUGGACGGGGCAGACGACGGCGACGACGCCUUGUCGCCGCAGGACUUCUUCCUCGACGGGGGCGCCCAGAGAUUGGACGCGCGAGAGCUGCUCCGCCGCGGCGUCUCCAUGGGCGGGCGACUGCGAUCGAAGCCCGAGCUGCUGGCGGUCCACGUGCCCCAGAGAUGGGAGCGAGGCGACGGCACGGCGCUCUUCCUCGGCAGCUGCGACAUCGCGCCCUACUGGAGCGAGCUCCCAGAGGUGGUUCUGAGGGCGGUGGGGGAAGACGUCGCAUACCGCCUGCGCGCCUACGUGCAGUACAUCCUGCCCGAGGGAUCGGACGUCAUCCCAUCCCACGUCCUGAGUGACCCGCAGGGCCACUUCGUGGCCCACUUCGAGAAGGACGGGAGCUGGUACACUGCGGACGACCUGGGCGAUCGGCCGCACGUGGUCCAGUGGGCGCCUGGCACCGAGCACAAGAUACCUUGCAUGAUCUUCCUUGAGAAGGUGGACUCCAGGGCGGCCCGCGCCGAGGCAUGCCCGUGGCCGCCCGGGCCGGUCGUCGACGGCGCGGAGGGCGCGGGCGACGACGGCGACGGCGACGCGGACGGCGAGGUCAGCCCUGGCCUCGGCGGAGCGUCCGACAUGGACGAGGGUGGCGGGGCCGGCGACGUUGGCGGGCUGGGCGCGCGGAAGCGGCCCGCGGCGGCCGCGAGGAGCGGCGCCCCUCCCAAGAAGCGGCUCCGCCUCCGACGGAAGCAGAGCGUGGCUGGGAGGCAGCAGAGCCGCGCCGGGAGGCAGCAGAGCCGCGCCGGGAGGCAGCAGAGCCGCGCCGGGAGGCAGCAGAGCCGCGCCGGCAGGCAGCAGGAGAAGCAGCAGAGCCGCGCCGGGAGGCAGCAGGAGAGGCAGCAGAACCGGGACGGUCGGCAGGACCAGAAGCGCGGUUUCAAGCCGGAGGAGGUGCUCCGGCAGGGGCGGAAGCCGAAGAGCAAGGGAGACAACGCCGACGGGUCCCGGCAGGACGCCCAGAACAACGCCGCCGCCCCGGUCCUCCGCAGCAGCAGGGAGGCGAAGGGCUUGCAGGCGGCGUGCGACGCGCGCCGGGAGUGCGGCGACCUGUUCUUGCUCUUGCACCUCCUGGAGCCGCUGGCCGCCACCGACGACCUCCUUAAGCACUACCCGGACUUCUUCGUCUACGCGGGCGACGACUGCGCCAACCGAUGGGCGACGUUCCUGCGCGCCCCCGAUCGGCCUGGCAAGUUGGCUGGCAGGCUGCGGGAGGCGCUCGGGGUCACGGAGAGAGAGAUUUCCGACGCCAAGCGCCGAUUGGAGAGCGGGGAGUGGCACGUGCACCACGUCGCGGAGCUCCUGGACGAGCGUCUGAAUUCCGCCCACAGCGCCCACUCCGUGGCGGCCGCGGUCCGCUUGGCCGUGGGCGACGGGCCGGGCGCGCAGGGCGACGGCAACCCGCUGAGGGCGCACCUGGCCGAUGCGUGGCAGCGCAGACCCUGCAACCGCGGCCCGCCCCGGCACUCGGCCAUGCCUGCGCGCCUUCGGGAUCGCUCUGAGUGGUUCCAGUGCCCCGCGCCUGCGCUGCAUUAUGCCUGCCGCAUGUGCGAGGCCGAGUUCCCCAACAGGGAGGCGUUCAAGGCGCACCAGGGCAGAGUCCACGGGGGGCAGCGGUGGUACCAGUCGCAGUAUGUGGCGCGGUGCGAGCUGGAGCCCUACCAGCCGUCGCCGACCGAGGAGCGCCAGGUGGUUGCCAGGUUCCACAUUUCCCAGUGCUGCGCCACCGUCGACCCCGUGGACGAGCCGUUUGUCCCGAAGCCCGAAUCGGAGGUGCAGAAGCAGCUGCUCCACGCGGAGAUCGUCGGCAGGAUCAUCGGCAAGAUCGGUCAGGGGGGGCCCGCGGAGGAGAUCUCCCUGCAGGCGGCCGGCGCGGCGGAGUCGGCAGCCCGAGCUCAGGCGGCGUGUCAGGCGAGGGAGCCCCGCGCUUUCCAGGCCUGCGUCUGCUGCGCCAUGCAGCAGUGGUCCGAGAACCUCCACUCGGAGUACCUCGUCGGCGACAAGUGCACCAUAAAGAACCGAGCCCAGUUCGCGGACUGCCUGUCGGCCGAGUGGUAUCACCAACGAUGGCCCCUCAUACCGCGCGACGAGCUGAUGUCGUCGGCCGUGGACUUCCCCCACAACGACUGCGAGGGCUCGCCGACGUCCACGAAGGUACUCUUGCACAAGAGGCGCGUGCCGCCAGAGGCGCUCGAAGGGAAGGUGCCAGUGAAAGUGUGCGACGAUUGCCGGAGAGACCUGUGGUCUGAUCACCCCAAGGUGCCGCUGAUGGCGCUAGUAAACGACCUCUGGCUGGGCCGCCACCACCCUAUGCUCAGGAAGGCCGCUCUCGCGCACCAGUUGCUGCUCGCGCUCGGCCGCGUCGUGUCCACGAAGAUCUACUUGUCCAGCAAGGGCGCCGACAAGGCCGUCCGGCAGGAGCAGCAGUCGUGGAGACAGAAGUUCUUGCAGUACGCCAUGCAGGGCACCGCCAUCGUGUUCGGGAACGGGAAC